UCUGAAUCAUUUUCCCUAGAAACUUUGAUCAAAUUUCACUCCAAAAAUAUAAAAAAACAUACGUUCAUAUUCAACGGAAAAUUUCCCCUCAUUCUCAUCUUCGGAGCAAAUUCAGAUGGCCUCGGAACCCGAUUCUUUAAAAUCCCGAACCCAAAGGCACAAAUGCCCUGCAUGCUAUAAACAAUUUAAGAGAAAGCUGCAUCUUAUCGAGCACAUGAAAAUCUCAUACCAUUCAGUUCAUCAACCUAGAUGUCAGGUGUGUCAAAAGCACUGCAAAUCUUUUGAAUCAGUGCGAGAACAUAUUAGUGGUCCAUUGGCAAAAUCAAAUUGCUCGAAGAUUUUUGGGGACCAAGGUUGCAAUCUUUGUUUAAAAGUUUUGGGUAGUCCCUCUGCCCUUAAUGAACAUAAACAAAAGUGCCGCCUAACGGCUCCUGUUCCCCUUGGAGCAAAGAUGACGCCUUGUAUAGAAUCUCAUGUUAUUACUUCAGGUUCAAUCAUGGAUGAAAAGCACAAUAUUAAAGUUCAAAGAACCAUUGCUAUGGAUUGUGAAAUGGUUGGUGGUGGAAGUGAUGGAUCAAUUGACCUUUGUGCUAGGGUGUGUCUUGUUGAUGAGGAUGAGAAUCUAAUUUUGCACACAUAUGUUCGACCACAAAUUCCUGUCACUAAUUACAGAUAUGAAGUAACGGGGUUAACAAAAGACCAUCUGAAAGAUGCCAUGCCAUUUAAUGAAGUGCAAGAUAAAAUAAUGAAAAUUUUGUACAAUGGAGAAUCUGUUGGAAGGAUACCCCUAGAUGGGGGAAGGGCUAGGCUUCUUGUGGGUCAUAGCAUACAUCAUGAUUUGGACUGCUUGAGAAUAAAAUAUCCUGGCCAUCUGCUGAGGGACACUGCAAAAUACCGCCCAUUGAUGAAAACAAAUCUUCUUAGCCACUCACUGAAGCAUCUUAUCAAAACAUAUCUAGGGUAUGAUAUCCAGUCUGGUACUCACGAUCCAUAUGAAGAUUGUGUAUCUGUGAUGAGACUGUACAAGAGAAUGCGUGGGCAAGACCAUCAUGUAGAAGAACUUGGAGAUAAAAAAGCUAACUGCGGCUUUGAUUCUUUCAGAUCCACGGAAUUGGAUAAAUUGACUCCGGAUGAGCUAUAUGAGAUCUCUACAUCUGAUUACAAGUGUUGGUGUCUGGACUUCAGCAAGGAUUGCAGCCCUGUCAGCUGACUGUCCAUUUGUUUUGAACUCAACUUUUUUAAUCAGUGAUGCCUGCAAAUUCCACUGUGUCCCCUUCUAUGGGUGUCAUUGGGCUUUAAAACUAUUUGAAUUCACUGUGGUCUUCCUUGUGUUUUAGAUUUGGCCCAAACGUUAAUAUUGACUCAAAUCAAUAACUUUAAGCCCAAGUGCUUUUAUUUGCCAAGGAUAAACCAAAAAAAAAAAAA